AUGACAUUUCCUCCACCAUCUCCUGCGGAGCUAGCAGCAUGGAGGGAGCGCGAUGUGGAAUAUGAUGCGAAGAUUGCAGCCGCAAAAGCAGAGCUUGAACGGAUCAAGGCAGAAAGCUUACUCACUCUUGACACCGAGAGUGUCGAAGAAGCGCAGAUUGAGUACGAAUGGGCGGUAUACGAUAAGUUAUCUACCAGACGACAACUUUAUCCCCGUAAACGGGCCAUUUCGCCGUGGAAUCAGUCUUAUCAGAGGCCAAAACAAGAGUAUAAUCUUCAGACACAGUCUACUUUCUUCAGAUUGCUACCAAGCGAAAUCAGAGCACAAAUAUACCGAAUGGUCUUUGGGAACCUGAUCAUUGAGAUUUUUGCCGGAUCUGGAGGAUUUAAUGGGCCCGAGCCUUCUUCAGAUUAUCGUGUCUUCCAGGGAUCCAGAAUUGUCGAUGCCAAUGGAGGAGGCAAAUGGGCUUCACACCUCUUCGCGGACUUCCCCAUCACUUACAUGCCUCAUAUUGUUCCGCUUUUACAAAGCUGUCGUCGGAUAUAUGCCGAAUCUGUCGACAUUCUAUACUCAGAGAACGUCUUCAAAAGCCACGGACACCACAAUGAUAUUGACUGGACAAAGUUCCUGCUCCAUCAAAGAUUGCAGACAAUACGCUCCGCUCAUUUCCAACUAAACCUAGGGUAUCCAUGGACCGCACCGUUUAUUGGAACCGCUCUUGAAGUAUACGCCCAGCUGAGAGCCUUGCAGAAGCUUUGUAUAGUUGGAAUAGGGGAGGGGAUGAUAGACUCGAAGCACGCGGACGUGAUCGACGCAGAGCUGUGGAAGGAAAGAAAGCAUAUACUGAUUCCUUUGUUCCGCAACUAUUCGUUCAUAAAGGAUGUCGACAUUUUUCUUCCCAUUAUGCAGAAGACUUUGGUUCAACAGGACAAGGAUGCUGUCUGCGGCCCAAGAUUGCAUGGCUGGACCGAGGAGCAAAGGCGUGGCGAGAAGCCCGCUUUUUGUGCUUGCGUGCACCAGCCUGAGAAACUAUCUUUUGGUAGAACUUCAUAUAAAAAGAUUUGUAAGGGUAGUUUUUUAAUUCUUCUGCGAGACGAAGCAUAG